UUGUCAAUGCUAUGUUUCAGCCAACCACUACAAGCUGGACACAUACCACAAUCAGUGACACAUUUGUCAAUGAAUAAUUUCAACCAGCCACUCAAAGUUGGACAUAUACCACAAUCAGUAACACAAUUAUCAAUGGACAGUUUCAACCAACCACUCCAAGUUGGACACAUACCACAAUCAGUGACACAACUGUCACUUUGUGAAUUCGAUCAACCACUUCAAGUCGGACAUUUUCCACCGUCAGUGAUACAUCUGGAAUUGAUACUUUUCAAUCAUCCUCUCCAAGUUGGACACAUGCCACAAUAUGUUUCAAGUUUAACUUUUGGCAGAGAGUUCAAUCAACUUCUCAAAACAGAGUACAUUCCAUCAGUUAGAUCACUGUCUAUUCAAUGCCCGCAAUUUUCUCCCGAGAAUAUCAGUUUGCUUGGACACAGCUAUCUCAAUGAGCUUAGUAUUGUCCACGUAGCUACAAAAAGCAAUUGUAAAUCUGUUGRGCCAUCCUCACUAUUACACCAGGAGACUAUUUCUCAUCUUUCAAAGAUGAAUACUCUUUUGCACUUAAUCAUCAAGAUUAAGCCGAGAAAGUAUCUCAAAGGAAUAGAUGGUGGGAUGCCAUUCUCUAUUUUGUAUUCAUUGCUCAAGUUUAUUCCAACAAUCACUCUACAAUUCUGCCAUGAGUAUAGUGAUGCCUUUAACUUUGAAAUCAUUUGGAGACUGGUCGACGACAAAACAGCACUACUAGUCCCUAUAUCGGACGCAGAUGAUAAUGGAGUUGUACUAUUUUGGAAGUUUGCAACACACAAGCCUGGGCCGGUCACCACAUUCAAA